UGCGAUCAUUUUAAAUUUGUUCUUUGUAAAACAAAGUUGUAAUUAUCUAAGUUGUUAUAUCUUUGUAAUUAUCAAAACAAAAAAAAAUAGCUAUGAUUUCAUUUAAAGUUUUAAUAAUAUUAACUUUUACAAUUAAUUUAAGCCACUGUAAAUAUUCUAAAGAGCAAAUUCAAAAUGAAUGCAAAAUAUGCGGAGAGUGUUUAAAAGCAACCGGGUUUCGAUAUAAAUUAAUAAUAAUAAAUUACAAUUUUGCAAAGAAGUGUGAACUAAUAGGUACUGAAAUGGGCAAAAAUUUUUUUGAAUUACAAACAACACAUAAAUUAGAGUUUAAUGCAUCAGAAAAACUACACUCGAAGGCGUAUGGAUUAUCACUACUAUCAAAAGCUGAUAUUAAUAAUUUUAUAACUGCGUAUUACAAUGAAAUCAUAAAUGAAAGACCUGAAAUUACCCCGAUGAGUCUAAAUGAUUAUUGUGAAGAACGUUUUAAUCAAUUGAACUCAUACACAAAUUGCACUUAUAAUAAGAUUGGCAUAACCACUAUUAUUGAGACGACACCGCAAUUAUUUCACUUAAACUGAUUCACCGUAUUCUAAAAUCCAAAUGCUUUUGAUAGUUUGUAGUUGAAUACAAUGCAUUGACUUUUGGCCAGAGAAAAUUUGAAUCCGGUUUCUUUGCACCAGUAUUGGAGGGUUUGUAAUGAUGAUUAUAGAAUGCUUAACGUGGUUUCUAUGUUAUUCCCAUCGCAAUAAAUAUAGCAGUCGUCGGUGAACAUGAUAUGUUUUUUUGGAUAAGGUAUUUUGUCGAAGAUGUUUUUUAUU